UUACCCCCAACUGUGACGAUACCUAUUGCUACAUCGGAGGUGACCAAUAUUCCUGUACCAUCAACAAUCGUCACUACUUCAACUGGUACUGAAGCAGUAACUACUCCAGUAUCUUUCACUACGACUACAACUUCGAUUACAAGUACUCCUUCGGUUCCUCCAACGAUAACGAGCACAACUGCUUCCAUCGCUAGUGAAUCGACGACCAUCCCUGAAUCAACAACAACUGUAACUGAUUUACCUUCCGUAGUUCCUGAUACUACUUCUACAUUAUUGUCUACUCCCCCUACAGAGACUUUACCCCCAACUGUGACGAUACCUAUUGCUACGUCGGAGGUGACCAAUAUUCCUGUACCAACAACAAUCGUCACAACUUCAACUGGUACUGAAGCAGUAACUACUCCAGUAUCUUUCACUACGACUACAACUUCGAUUACAAGUACACCUUCGGUUCCUCCGACGUUAACGAGCUCCACUGCUUCAAUCGCUAGUGAAUCCACGACCAUCCCUGAAUCAACAACAACUGUUACUGAUUUACCUUCCGUAGUUCCUGAUACUACUUCUACAUUAUUGUCUACUCCCCCUACAGAGACUUUACCCCCAACUGUGACGAUACCUAUUGCUACGUCGGAGGUGACCAAUAUUCCUGUACCAACAACAAUCGUCACAACUUCAACUGGUACUGAAGCAGUAACUACUCCAGUAUCUUUCACUACGACUACAACUUCGAUUACAAGUACUCCUUCAGUUCCUCCGACGAUAACGAGCACAACUGCUUCAAUCACUAGUGAAUCGACGACCAUCGACGAAUCAACAACAACUGUAACUGAUUUACCUUCCGUAGUUCCUGAUACCACUUCUACAUUAUUGUCUACUCCCCCUACAGGGACUUUACCCCCAACUGUGACGAUACCUAUUGCUACAUCGGAGGUGACCAAUAUUCCUGUACCAUCAACAAUCGUCACUACUUCAACUGGUACUGAAGCAGUAACUACUCCAGUAUCUUUCACUACGACUACAACUUCGAUUACAAGUACUCCUUCAGUUCCUCCGACGAUAACGAGCACAACUGCUUCAAUCACUAGUGAUUCGACGACCAUCGACAAAUCAACAACAACUGUAACUGAUUUACCUUCCGUAGUUCCUGAUACUACUUCUACAUUAUUGUCUACUCCCCCUACAGAGACUUUAACCCCAACUGUGACGAUACCUAUUGCUACAUCGGAGGUGACCAAUAUUCCUGUACCAUCAACAAUCGUCACUACUUCAACUGGUACUGAAGCAGUAACUACUCCAGUAUCUUUCACUACGACUACAACUUCGAUUACAAGUACUCCUUCAGUUCCUCCGACGAUAACGAGCACAACUGCUUCAAUCACUAGUGAAUCGACGACCAUCGACGAAUCAACAACAACUGUAACUGAUUUACCUUCCGUAGUUCCUGAUACUACUUCUACAUUAUUAUCUACUCCACCUACAGGGACUUUACCCCCAACUGUGACGAUACCUAUUGCUACGUCGGAGGUGACCAAUAUUCCUGUACCAACAACAAUCGUCACUACUUCAACUGGUACUGAAGCAGUAACUACUCCAGUAUCUUUAACUACUACUACAACUUCAAUUAUAAGUUCAUCUUCAUUACUUCCCACGACAGCAGAUUCAACAAUUUAUGAAACUACUACAAUCAAUAAUGAAUCCACAACAACUCCCACAUCGACAACGACAAUUACUGCCUUGCCUACCGUAAUCCCUAUUACUACUCAACCACCAUUGUCUACUACAACCGAAACUAUACCAACGACUGUAACUGCUUCUAUUGGUCCUUCAGAAACAACCAGUAUUCCUUUACCCAUAACAACUAGUUCAACAAUUACUUUUGAAUCUACCACUUCACAACCACUAACAACAAUAUCAAGUACUAGCAUGCUGACAUCUACUUUAAUGCCAUCAACUGCAAGUGAGACAACUAUUACUUCUUUACCAACAACUACAACAAUGAGUCCAUCUACGUCAGAACCAGUAACAAUUUCAGCUUCUACAACUCUUACUUCAUCUGAUUUUACAAGUACGUCUCCUUUACCUUCAACAACAAGCACAAUGACCUCUUAUGAAACUACUCCGAUUACAUUAGACGCAACUACAUCAACAACUGACAAUAUCACACGAGAAACAGCUGUUACAGACUUAACUGUUUUAACAACUCAACUACCUACAGAGUCAUCAACUUCAUCUAGCUCUUUCGUUUCAACAACAAUUUCACCAAUAACGUUUACAACGAAUGAAAUACCUGUUACAACAGAAAUAACAAGGGAAACUAAUACAAUAAGCAUAGCAACAGAAUCAUCAACUUUAGACACAACUCAAUCUUCCCAAUCGUCAACAAUUGAGGCUGAAACUGAAGCCCCUGAAUUUGAAGAAGGUUCUAACACCUGGGAACCAAUGACAAUUUUGUUAAUAGGCAUACCAAGUUUUGUGAUGCUUGGUAUUAUUGUUUUCGGAAUUUAUUACUUAUGCUAUGGGAAGAAAAGGGGUGGUGUUCACUUUGUUGAUAAUGAUGAUGGUAUGCCUACUUUGGUAACCGUAGAGAGACAUAGAAGUUUUGAUGUUUAG